AUAAUUCAAAUUUAUACGUCGAUAAUGGACUUGUAUGGAACGGGGAACUAUUUAAGUCCGAAGAUUAUCCGUACGUAAUGUUUAUUCAGUUGAAAAAUUCUGAAGGAAAACUUGGUCGUUGCACAGGCUCUUUAGUAAAAAAAAUGUUGGUAUUGACAGCUGGUCACUGUUGUUAUAGUUACGAAUUAAAUAACAUAAAACUAAGUAUGACUUCAUUGAAUUUCAAUUGUAUUUAAUUACCUACGUAAUUUAUGAUCCACUAAAAUAUUUUAAAUUCUUAAGCAACUAAUUUAUAAAUGUCAAAAUAGGUAUAUCAAGGAUCAAUGUAUAAGGAUCGUCACUAUACUCUUAAUAAUGACUGGCAUGAUGUUGUCAAAAAGUACGUACACGAAAAAUAUAUUCCAGGUACAGAUACCGAUGGAUAUGACGUCUGUUUGUUAAAACUAGAAAAAGCAAUCCCGAAUAUCAAUAAAUUUUCGAAAAUUGGUGGUUCCCCUAAGGAUUUUUCCAAUGGAAUCAAGUUGAAUUAUAUAAUAAUUGGAUUUGGUAUGAUUUCCGAUUUAAACGAUGAUAAAAAUGAUAGUGGUAUGUUUGGAAGAAUCACGACCGUUGAUGUCUUGCAUGGUGAAGAAGCUGGUCUAUUAUACAAUAAGUGAUUCAAGACCUUGUGAAGGGGAUAGUGGAGGUCCGAUGAUUUGCAACAAUUUGCAAUAUGGAACUUGCGGUUUUAAAUAUCCCGUCGAUGGAACGAUCCAUGCAAACUGUAGCAAUCGAAAUUUGCAGUCGAUUUAUGUGUUCUUUUAUUCUCAUAAACAAUGGUUAAAGAAUAUAAUGGGACCAACAAAAAAGAAGAAAGAAAAAAGAAAACGAAGUUCUGGGAAUUUGAUUAAGCCACGUCAUUACUCAUUGUAUAUAAUAUUAACAAUAUCAUUGUGUAAUAUUAUGUUGAUUUUUAUUGAUUAA